AUGUCAAAGCCGGAGAAGGACAACGCCCCGUGGUGCGCGGCGGGAGCGGUGAACGCCAAGGACUGCUGCGCGGCAUGCAAGGCGGGCGCCACCGCCACCAACAAGAAGCCCUUUGCGUGCCGCUUCUGGGUGCACAUCCCAUCGUCGCCCAGCGAGGGCAAGUGCAACGGCAAGGAGUGCGGCAAGUGCCUCCUCCUGCCCGACCUUAAAUCCCUCUUGCCCACUAAGAGCGACAAGAACGGCUCCGGCGGAAAGAAGGUGCGCAUCGGCAAGAACUGCGCCGCCGUCGAGAACGACCCGCACUUUACGGGCGCCCACGGCACCAAAUUCGACUUCAACGGGCUGCCCGAGAAGAACUUCUGCCUGUACACGGACCGCGCGGUGCACGUGAACAUGGGCAUGCGCGAGUACCUCGACUCGCGCUCCACGCAGAGCGCCGCCCUCGUCGUCAACGGCUCCGCCCCCGCCACGCACUCGCUGGUGCUGACGGCGCGCAACGGCAAGGAGCAGCUCCGCGGAGCAUCUGGCUUCCUGGCGUCCGCCGAGAUCGACGGCACGCCCCUCCCCCGCCUCACCCCGGGCGAGACCCGCAGCCUCGCCGGCGGCAAGGUGUCGCUCGAGUUUGUGGGAGAGGAGAAGACCGGCCCGUACGACGUGGAUCACUACUACCUGCGCAUCGACGGGCUCCUGGAGUUGGAUCUGAAGCUGCGCCCCGCGCACCCUCUGCUGCAGACACCUGACGACGCGCAGGUCCAUAUUAAUGUGAUGUUCACUGACGCGAGUGUGAGCAGCAGCGUGCACGACGUGAUGGGGCAGACGUACCGAAGCGGCAGGGAGUCGCGCACGGUGGAGUUCUCUAGGCUCGCUGCCAUGCUGCACCAUCCCGUGUCCGCCGAUGGCGCGGAGGGCAGGGGCUUCCUGGACGGGCAGGUGAAGGACUAUGAGACCAGCGCCGUCACCGCCACUGACUGCCGAUACUCCGCCUUCAACGGCCAGAAGCUCCCCGUUUCCUCGUACUAG